CUCUGACGGCCAGGGGGCGCGGCGGGCCGGUGAACGGCUCGAACCGAGUCCGCGUCGCGGACGGCGGACGCGCCUCUCGCGCGCGACACUUACCAUGUACUUCCCAACCUCGGCAGCCCGCCAGCUUUCCACGACCCCCGCACUCCCCAACAUCCCCCCAGAGUCGGUAAUCACCGUUGCCCCGAGUCCACGGAAGUCGCUGUUCUGUACGCUAACGCGAAAUGGGGUCACCGUGUGGCGUGUACGACCCAGUGCUGUGCUAGCGUACCUCUCGAGAACACCGUCGUCUAUCGUGGACCAUGGGGAGAACACGGAUGUGCAUUGGGCCCCGGAUGGGUCGAGGCUGGUUAUACAGACAUCAGCUAGCUAUCUAGUACUCAUCGCGGUAGAGCAUCAGCCGGACAGACCCAUCUACGAGGUCUCGCAGGCCUCUCGAUCUACUCAGCGCAACUUCCUUGCGGGCCCGGGGGAAGGCGUGCCAUUCCAGCGGGUGCAUCUACACUUCGAGGGUGUCAUCAGGAUACAGGGCUCUGUACUGAGCUUAUCCCCUCGCAAGAACUACAUUCUAUUCUCCACCAGGAAUCCUCCCGCCAUACAACGCAUACCUUGGCCAGAAGAUGAUGAGGUUGACUCCGCAGACGAAGGCGCUGAAGACCGACGGAUACAGAUCGGCUACGAGACCUGGGUCUUCAAUGAGGAGGAGUUCGAGUGGUUCGUAGAGCAUGAUGUGACGGUCUCAAAGAUCAUAUACUCGCGAACCACAGGCGUCGAGACGUGGAUCACAUCAGACGGGCGAGUCUACUUCGUUGGCCUACACGAGACGGCGCCCGAGAGCAGCGUCUCCGAGUUCACACAGAGCGAUGACCAGGAACGAGCGGCCCACAAAUUCAUGUCAGACGCCUUCCCCGACGGCCCAAGACUGGGUUGGCAGGGCACUUGCGUUCACGACUUCGAACCACCACGGUGGGUGCAGAAGCGGCGAAGAAUCGAGCCUGGAGAGACCCCGCCACCGGGCUGGGUCCCGUACGAGGAGCCACGACGGGCAGUGUCGGUCGCGGUGAACGGGAAGUUCUCGCUAGUUGCGAUUGGUACCAUUGGCGGCGCGGUCCAAUUCACCAACUUUCCCUCCGAAGAGGGCGUCGUACCCUCUACGCACACAGUCGAGAUCCCGAAUCCUUACAACAGGAAGACGGGCUCGGUGCGGACCAUGGAGUGGAGUGGGGAUGGAUACGUCCUGGCGGUGGGCUGGGAGAAUGGGUGGGGUGUCAUUAGCGUUGGCGGGCGAUGUUUGGCGUCCGCGUUCGGUGUGGAGGAUUCUGUGGAUACCGACAAGUUCCAAGACCGGUAUAUGUAUGGCGUGUCGAGUCUGUUUUGGGCACCCGGCAACUUCGAGCUGUUCGUGCUUGCCUUGCCAUCGUCCAAACCGGUUGAUGGGCAGCUUUUCGUGAUACCUUUUGCGAAGAGUGCGACUACUGGGCAGCAUUCACCUGAUAACACACGAUAUGCCUUCCUGCAGAUGGAUGACAGAGCACUUAUUUACCGAGGAGCAGAUCAGCCUGACAUGAGCGUCAUCAAUCCCGAUUCCGAUGUCUGGCAACAUGUCAAGAUCCCUCAAAGUUACUUGGCCACAAAUUGGCCCAUCAAAUACUCCGCGCUCAGCAGCGACGGUCGUCUCAUCGCAAUUGCCGGACGACGCGGCCUGAUCCACUACAGCGCCACAUCCGGCCGAUGGAAGCUCUUCAGCGACGAGCUCCAAGAACAAGCCUUCACUGUCCGCGGCGGCCUCCUCUGGUUCCACCACGUGCUCGUCGCCUCCGUCGAGGUCCAGCGCGCCUAUCAGAUUCGCCUCUACUCCCGCGAUCUCGACCUCAGCAACCAGAACGUGCUGCACCGCGAGGUGCUGACCGCGCCAGUGGUGAUCCUGUCGCUGGUGGACAACUCGCUGCUGGUGUAUACGGCGGACAAUACGCUGUAUCAUUAUCUGAUUGUGCCGACGGAUAAGACGAUUAAGUUGCAUUUGUGUGGGAGCAUCACGUUCAAUGGGAUAAUUGCGGCGCCUGGGGCAGUACGUAUGCUGAGUUGGCUAAUACCGACGGCGCAGAAACAGCUCGGGGAUCCCGUCGACGACCUCUCGGUCGCAACGGUAUUGAUGGUGGUCGGUGGUCAGCUUGUCUUGCUCAGACCGAGGAAGUCUGGCGAUCAAGAGGUCAAAUACGACAUGCAGAUCUUCGCCGACCGCAUCGAGUUCUGCUGGACCCAUUUGCGCGGUAUCGGAGCGCUAGAGAACUCGCUCUGGGGCUACGACGGCACUGGAAUGCGAGUGUGGCUCAACGCGCUUGCUAUUGAGAGACCACAGUCGCAAGACCCUACCGCGUCGAGCGAUGUCAAGGAAAGCGUGCACAUACCGUUGGACUUCUACCCUCUUUCUGUGCUUAUGGACAAGGGCAUCAUCAUCGGCGCUGAACAUGAAGCCGCGACUCGGUCCAACUUGCCGUUCGUCAUGUUCCGGCAUGCUACUAGCUCUCAUCUCUUCCUCCCUCCCGUGCUCGCAUUCUACCUUCAAUCACACGAAGUCCGAGACGCUGUCGCGUUCGCAAGUCACUACGAAGAAUUGGUGUACUUUGCCCACGCACUGGAGAUACUUCUCCACACGGUCGUCGAAUCGGACGCCUGCGAGCCCGACGCAGACACAGACCCAAACGACACGAUCCUGCCGAAGAUGGUGGAGUUCCUCGACCACUUCGACGCCGCCCUCGAUGUGGUUGUGGGAUGCGCACGCAAGACGGAGAUGACACGAUGGCGGCGAUUGUUUGACAUUGUUGGGAAUCCGAAGACUUUGUUCGAGAUGUGCCUUGCAUCCAAAAGACUGAAGACUGCUGGCUCGUACCUCCUGGUCUUGCAUAACCUUGAACAGUUGGACGAAAACCACCAAGACGCCAUACGAUUGCUGAAGAGUGCGGUGGAUGCGAAGGACUGGCAGCUAUGCAAAGAGCUGAUUCGCUUCUUGCACUCCAUCGACGAAACGGGCGAUGCGUUGAGGAGGGCGAUGGCAGAGACAGACUUGGGACCGCCGCAAAAUGGCGUGUUGCGGGUCAACGGUAACUCGCACUAGUAGAACAUGGACUGUGUACAAUUCCCAUUGUGUAAGGAUGACCUCGUGUGUAAAUUAGAGACAAAGGAUACCGGUAGGACAAUGGAAGACGGAAAGGUCGAACAAC